GGGUAUUUUAUUAUUUAUUAAGUAAUUUUAUUGUAAGAUUUUAAAUAUGGGUGUUUUUCAGGAUUUAGGGGGUCAAACAUCCCUACGCCAAUCUUGGAGUACAUAUUAUAAAUCUACAAGUGCCGUUAUAUUAGUUAUUGAUUCAUCAGAUAAAGAAAGAAUAGGGAUUUCUAAAAAUGAAUUAUCAAAGAUAAUGAGUGAUGAUGUUAGUUUAAAAGAUUCUUUAUUAUUAGUUUUUGCAAAUAAACAAGAUAUUGAGAAUUCUAUGACUCCCAGUGAAAUUUCUGAUUUAUUAGGUCUUAUUAAUUUUAAAGAUAGAUCAUGGCACAUUCAGGGAUGUUGUGGAUUGACAGGUAAUGGAUUAUAUAAAGGACUUGAUUGGAUUGUAUCAUCUUUAAAUAAAUGA